UCCAGGUCUUGGCGGCGGCCGCCGCCCUCCCCUCCUCCGCUCCCUCUCUCUCGCCUUUUAAUCAUGCCCCUCUGUCUGUGUGUGAGUGCAGGCAGGCUGACAAUGAUUUCCUCAGUGAUUACGUACAGAGCGAGUCCCUGCGGGUUAGGGGCCCCCUCUGGAGCCAUCCUGAUGGCUUUGGGGGCCUUGCUUCCAUUUUCCAUUAUUAUGUGGACUACCGGAGCGACAGCGCAGUCCAAGACCUUGCAGCUGUUUGCUUUUAGGAUGUCUCGCCGCAAGCAAGCUAAACCGAGAUCACUCAAAGAAACCCAGAUUCUAGAAACAACCAAUUGUAUGAAGCCUUGGGGUUGGCGGAGGAGGAAAAGAGUAGAAGAAAAUGAAACAGAGGACCUGCAGGCAGGUGUGGGACACACAGCCGCACAGACUGACCCUAACUGUAAACUAGAAGACAAGACAGAAGAUGGAGAAGUGUUAGACUGUAAGAAAAGGCCGGAUGAAGGGGAGGAGUUGGAAGAAGAAGCUGUGCACAGCUGUGACAGCUGCCUCCAGGUGUUUGAGUCACUGAGUGAUAUCACAGAACACAAGAUUAAUCAAUGUCAACUGACAGAUGGAGUGGAUGUUGAGGAUGACCCCACUUGCUCAUGGCCAGCAUCAUCGCCUUCUAGCAAGGACCAGACUUCCCCGAGCCAUGGAGAAGGUUGUGAUUUUGGUGAAGAGGAAGGAGGCCCAGGGUUGCCCUAUCAAUGCCAGUUUUGUGACAAAUCGUUCAGCCGCCUCAGCUACUUAAAGCACCACGAGCAAAGUCACAGUGACAAACUCCCUUUCAAAUGCACAUAUUGUAGUCGUCUCUUCAAACACAAACGAAGCAGGGACCGCCACAUAAAGCUUCAUACGGGAGACAAGAAGUAUCACUGCAGUGAGUGUGAUGCAGCAUUCUCAAGGAGUGAUCAUCUUAAAAUUCACUUAAAGACUCAUACGUCCAACAAGCCAUAUAAAUGUGCCAUUUGUAGACGUGGAUUUCUGUCAUCUAGUUCGCUGCACGGUCACAUGCAGGUUCACGAGAGGAACAAAGAUGGUUCUCAGUCUGCUUCCCGGAUGGAGGACUGGAAAAUGAAAGACACUCAGAAGUGCAGUCAGUGUGAAGAAGGCUUUGAUUUUCCUGAAGAUCUUCAGAAGCAUAUUGCGGAAUGUCACCCUGAGUGUUCUCCUAAUGAAGACCGAUCUGCUCUUCAGUGUGUUUAUUGUCAUGAACUCUUUGUAGAGGAAACAUCUCUGGUGAAUCACAUGGAGCAGGCUCAUAAUGGUGAGAAGAAGAAUUCAUGCAGCAUUUGCUCUGAGAACUUUCACACUGUGGAAGAGCUGUACAGCCACAUGGACAGUCACCAGCAGCCGGAAUCGUGCAACCACAGCAACAGCCCGUCAUUGGUAACUGUUGGCUACACCUCAGUCUCAAGUACCACUCCAGAUUCCAAUCUCUCAGUGGAUAGUUCAACAAUGGUGGAAACGGCUCCCCCUAUACCAAAAGGCCGUGGAAGGAAGCGGGCAGCUCAGCAAGUGCCAGAUAUCACUGGUCCUUCAAGUAAACAAGCAAAAGUUACCUAUAGCUGCAUUUAUUGCAACAAACAGUUAUUUUCCAGCCUUGCAGUUUUGCAGAUACACCUGAAAACUAUGCAUUUAGAUAAGCCCGAACAAGCCCAUAUCUGUCAGUAUUGUUUGGAGGUAUUGCCAUCUCUCUACAAUCUGAACGAACAUCUUAAGCAAGUCCACGAAGCUCCGGAUCCAGGGCUGAUUGUUUCCACCAUGCCUGCCAUGGUGUACCAGUGCAACUUCUGCUCUGAAGUGUUCAAUGACCUCAACACUCUUCAGGAACAUAUCCGAUGUUCUCAUGGAUUUGCUAACCCUGCUGCUAAGGACAGUAAUGCGUUCUUUUGUCCCCAUUGCUACAUGGGGUUUCUUACAGAUUCUUCUCUGGAAGAGCAUAUUAGACAAGUCCAUUGUGAUCUUAGCAGUUCCCGUUUUGGUUCCCCCGUGCUCGGAACCCCAAAAGAUCCAGUAGUGGAAGUGUAUUCUUGUUCUUACUGUACAAAUUCUCCAAUAUUUAAUAGUGUUCUUAAGCUGAACAAGCAUAUCAAGGAGAACCAUAAGAACAUUCCUUUGGCACUGAAUUACAUCCACAAUGGAAAAAAAUCCAGAGCCAUGAGUCCCUUAUCUCCUGUAACCAUUGAGCAGACCUCUUUAAAAAUGAUGCAGGCAGUUGGAGGUGCUCCUCCUCGUCCUGCAGGUGAAUAUAUUUGCAAUCAAUGUGGUGCUAAGUAUACUUCCUUGGACGGUUUUCAGACUCAUUUAAAAACACAUCUUGAUACUGUCCUGCCAAAACUGACCUGCCCUCAGUGCAACAAGGAAUUUCCAAAUCAAGAGUCCCUGCUGAAGCAUGUUACCAUUCAUUUCAUGAUCACCUCAACCUACUACAUCUGUGAAAGCUGUGACAAGCAGUUUACUUCUGUGGAUGACUUGCAGAAACACCUACUAGACAUGCAUACAUUUGUAUUCUUCCGCUGCACCUUGUGCCAAGAGGUUUUUGACUCCAAAGUCUCUAUCCAACUACACUUGGCUGUGAAGCACAGCAAUGAGAAGAAGGUAUAUAGAUGUACGUCUUGCAACUGGGAUUUCCGCAAUGAGACUGACCUGCAGCUUCAUGUUAAACACAACCACCUGGAGAACCAAGGCAAAGUGCACAAGUGCAUCUUCUGUGGUGAGUCCUUUGGUACAGAGGUGGAGCUGCAGUGCCACAUUACUACGCACAGCAAGAAGUACAACUGCAAGUUCUGCAGCAAAGCUUUCCAUGCUAUCAUCCUGCUGGAAAAGCACUUAAGGGAAAAACAUUGUGUUUUUGAAACAAAAACUCCAAACUGUGGAACGAAUGGGGCAUCUGAGCAGGUUCAGAAAGAGGAAGUUGAGCUCCAGACCUUGUUGACAAAUAGCCAGGAGUCCCAUAACAGCCACGAUGGCAGCGAAGAAGAUGUGGACACAUCUGAGCCUAUGUAUGGCUGUGACAUUUGUGGAGCAGCUUACACCAUGGAGACUCUCCUGCAAAACCACCAGCUUCGAGACCACAACAUUCGACCUGGAGAAAGUGCCAUAGUGAAGAAAAAGGCUGAACUCAUUAAAGGGAAUUACAAGUGUAAUGUGUGUUCUCGAACAUUCUUCUCUGAAAACGGGCUCCGAGAACACAUGCAGACACACUUGGGACCAGUGAAACAUUAUAUGUGCCCAAUCUGUGGCGAGCGGUUUCCAUCCCUUCUGACUCUUACUGAACAUAAAGUCACACAUAGUAAGAGCCUGGACACUGGAAACUGCAGGAUUUGCAAGAUGCCUCUCCAGAGCGAGGAGGAAUUUUUAGAGCAUUGCCAGAUGCACCCUGACUUGAGGAACUCUUUGACAGGGUUCCGCUGCGUGGUGUGCAUGCAGACAGUGACCUCCACGUUGGAACUGAAAAUUCACGGCACAUUCCACAUGCAGAAAACUGGAAAUGGUUCUGCCGUGCAGUCCACGGGGCGCGCACAGCAUCUCCAGAAACUGUACAAGUGUGCUUCUUGCCUGAAGGAAUUCCGUUCAAAACAGGAUUUAGUGAAACUUGACAUCAAUGGUCUGCCAUAUGGUCUGUGUGCUAGCUGUGUUAAUCUCAGUAAAAGUGGUAGUCCAAGUGUCAACAUCCCUUCAAGCAGUAACAGACAAGGCAUGGGCCAAAAUGAGAACUUGAGUUCCAUUGAGAACAAAAGCAAGGCAGGGGGACUGAAGACUCGAUGUUCUAGUUGCAAUGUUAAAUUUGAAUCAGAAAGUGAACUCCAAAACCAUAUUCAGUCAAUCCACAGAGAGCUUGUUCCAGACAGCAACAGUACACAGCUGAAAACACCACAAGUAUCUCCAAUGCCCAGAAUCAGCCCCUCCCAAACUGAAGAGAAGAAGACCUACCAGUGCAUCAAAUGUCAGAUGGUUUUCUACAAUGAAUGGGAUAUCCAAGUUCAUGUUGCAAACCACAUGAUUGAAAUUCCUGUUGUGUUAGAAAGGGAUGCCACUGCGAGAUAAUGCCAGGCAGUCCGAAAGUUGUUCCUUUCUAUCUGCCGAACUGCACGAUUCUCCUCCUCGCCGGUGCUGUGAUACACUGUGCAUGUUAAUACUAACUCACCACGGGCGGAAUUAAUGCCAUUGUGUCAGCCUUCCCUUUUGUUCCUCACUGCUGACCACUUGUCAGCAGGCUUUAUCAGGAGCUGUAGCACAGUGCUUAGCAGCUAGUACAGAGGGUAGCCAAACCAGACCUUUUCUGAAUUGUCCCUAUUCUUAGAGGAGAAGCCUCCAAUUCUUCGACAGAGUAUGUCCCUCGGUUUCUCCCCACUUUGUAAGCGCAGGAAGCAAAACAAAAGAAGCCAAUAUGGAGAGUGGGUGUCAGACUUCAGCUGCUCAUAUUGUUGCAUUUGGUGAGCUGACGGGGUUUCGUAGGUCACCUUUAGAAUUAUGCCUAUGACAGCAGUAGCUACCUGCCAAGAUUGCAAGGUAUCUCACAGCUCUCAGGAUGGAGUCUGUGGCCUGGUAGGCCGCCGUUGGAGGGGUACACAUUUGCUGUACAGCUGGCAGCACUGUAUGGGGCAGCAGUGUGGGCUGUUAGGGAGCUGGAAAGGAGACAAGCAUGAAAUUUCUUCUAACCCCAACUCUGUUUUUCUGUACUGUUGGCUGCUUCUCAGUUCCUUGACAAAAAAACCAAUCAGGCACCCUUUAAUCCGCCUGUGAUUACCAGUGGUAUAAAAAGAGAAGCAUAAUGAGGAAAAAUGCCUCGUUUUGUUGCCUUCAAAAGCCAACAAAUUGGAGUUAACUUGACAGGAAGUGGCUUAAUAAUUAGAUUAUUUAUUUAUUCCUGACACAUAUCCCCCUGUUACUAGUCUCAGGAGAUCCUGUAGAUGGUACGAUUUUCAAGCUGCCAUUACUUCGCUGUCUUCUGUGAACAAAGAAGCUACUGUCUAUCAGUCAAUUAAAUGCACUCUUUAAGCAGAGGCUGAGAAGUCCUCAAUGGAUAGAGCCCUGGGACAUUGUGGCUGAUGAUUCCUUUCUCUGUACUGUACAUCACACUCUCAACUACAGUCCCCACAGAGAUGGAAUAAAGUCAUGCAUUAAAAUAUCACUUGUUGAUUUGUUUGCUAAUGAAGAGCCAUUGAAAUGUUUGUGUAUUUCUGUGGCAAAAUUGUUGAUAAAAGGACUACUUGCUUGCAUAUCUUACUUCAUCUUCCGUAAGCGCUUAUUUAAGACUUACUAAAAUUAAAGUCAACAAAUUAAGGAAAAAAC